UCAUCUAUCGCGAAUCGGCCUGAUCCACGCUUAAUAUGGAUCCAAAAGAUUGCUCACCACGAGGAGAUUCCUGUCGUCGUCUGUUCCAUCAAUGAUACGCCUGCUUUUAUGCUUAGUUGCAUUCAAGCUGGUGCCACGGAUUAUUUACUCAAACCACUGCGCUUAGACGUUAUUAAACCGUUAUUUCUGAAAAUACAUCGUUAUCGACAUGAUAGCAAAACCCAUAAUUCCUCCUUGCCAUCUUCGCCGAUAUCUUGCCCUGACCAUUACAUCUCUAACUCUAUCCCACGUUCGGCAGCCAUGACCGCCACGCCUUCCAUGACCAACACAACCAGUAGCUCCACCAUCACCGGGAGUAUUACCACGUUAUGCGAUAAUGUCACACAUCGUAUCAAGGACAUCUUCCACAAAGAUAUACAGUUCACUCAGGCCGUCAUGGAUAUCUAUGUUCCUACACGCCUGCCAAAUCACCACAUGCGCUUAACAACUGAAAACACCGCACGGUUAAAAGCCAAGGUGUCGAGCUGGGACUUUUCGCCAUUUGAUUUCGAUCAUGAGGAACUGAUUCACAUUGUCUACAUUAUUUUCAACGAAAUCCUUUCCACCAAGGAAUUAUCACACAUCACAAUCACUGAAGGCCAGUUGUACGACUUUAUUAUCGAUCUCUCCAAUACGUACCGGGAUGAAAAUCCUUACCACAACUUUGCGCACGCUGUUGAUGUCCUACAAUGCAUUUACUACUUUAUUUCUCAGCUUGGUGUGCUCGACCAUCCAUCGAUGGAAACUGAUCCAAUCUUACCCCAUCAUCUCCUCAGACCCAAGGAUGUAUUUGCCCUCUUCAUUGCUGCCAUUGGUCACGAUGCCGCCCACCCAGGUGUCAAUAACAUGUUUCUUAUUAAUUCUGCCACACCAUUGGCAAUGCUCUACAACGACCGUUCUGUCCUAGAAAGCUUACACUCCAUGACCCUGUUUCACAUUAUGAAACGCCACCAUCUGGAUCAAAUCGUCGGCGGCGCUGGAUCAACCGAUUAUCAAGAAUUUCGCAAGACGGUGGUCACGAGUGUGUUGGCUACGGACAUGUCGCUGCAUAACGAUUAUGUCUGCAAAAUCAAAGAUCAAGCAGUCCGUCUACGUGAAGCCGAUCUCAAGACUAUGGAUGCAACAGCACGUGAAAAUGAACGUCUCUUGCUUUGCAGUGCACUUAUCAAGUGUGCCGAUAUCAGUAACGUGACACGACCUUUCCGUCGUGGUGCGAAAUGGGCUGAGUUGCUGGUGCAAGAGUUUCUGUCUCAGGGCGACCUUGAAAAAGAACUGGGAAUGCCCGUCUUGCCGAUGAACGAUCGAGACAAAGUGGUGUUGGAAGAAUCCCAGAUUGGGUUUAUUCGUUUUGUGGCCCUGGACUUGUUCCAAAGUAUCCGGGACGUGAUUCCUCCCAUCUCGUUUGCCGUCGAUUACAUGCAGGACAAUCUGAAACGUUGGGAGAAUUUGAAAAAUACCAAAACUCGAGACACGCUUUCCGUCAAGGAAGAUGUCAAUAUCGAAUUGCGCAUCGGUAAGUGAGAAGAUUGGGUUAUCAUGGAGGAGCACUGGUUCUCGUUGUGCGAUGAAAACAACCCCCCCCCCAAAAAAAAAUAGACAGUAGGUUCUAAUAGCGUCUAUCUUUAGGCCGGAAACGAAGCCGUA